AUGUCUUCCUCAUCCAACAACGAGAGAGCCCAGCCAAAGGGCAUCCAAAAGUCUCGUGCACCUGCACAACUCCCAUCCUCCUUCUCCUCUACCGCCCCAACCACAUCCAACAACGAGUCAGAGCAACGACUUGGCGUCAGAGUAGUUGCUGGCCUUCUCGGUCACAACGUUGAGCAAGUCUUUGACAAGGCCACAAGCAGAACUUUGUCAAGUCGCCCACUCAAGACACCACUACCACAGAAGGCCAUCGAUGACCACGAGGCAUGGAAAAAGAAGGCACUUGCUCAGCAAAAACAAGAGCAAGCCAAGGCCUCAAGCGCCCCUAGAAAGACGUUGACUGGUAAAGCCAGCGCACCAGCAAAGCCAACUGUGGCACCAAAACAGAAGGCUUCUACCCAGGCCACAGAGCAACGCCAGCACUCAGCUAAGGAACCUGCGCCUAGAAAGCCCCUGGUUGGACAUAAAAACGGUCCACCAGCAAAGCCAACAGUGACACCAAAACAAAAGGCUCCUUCCCAGGCCCCAAAGAAACUCCAGCCGCCAGCUAAGGCAGCCAAUGCUCCUAGAAAGCCCGUCAAAAAUGUCAACACCAAGCGAGCCGCACCAACGAAGCCAGCCAAGCCAACCGAGCCAAUCAACGCUCAAAAAGCUGCACCGCCACCACCACAGCGCCGCAGAAAGCUCGUCUCUGGAGCUGAGGUUGCUCGAGCUAGAGCAGAAAAGGCAGAAGCUUCUGCAUCCGUUCCGGCUGCCACUACUGCCAACCCCGGAGAGAAGCGAAAGUUAGCCGAGUCUGCUCCAGACGCCAGAGUUUUUGGUUCUUCCGGCGAUGUCAACCAACCACCUAAGCGACAAAAGGUUGACGCCGUUGAGGAGAAGAUUGUCAAGUCUCCCCGACCAUCCCAAGAUACCCCGGCAAAGCCAGUGUCUAAGGCUUCAUCACAAAAGAAGACCAGCAAGACCAACAAGACCCCACCACCACCACCUCAAAGCUUCGGAGGAAAACAACCACUCGAGGAUACCCCACCAGCUCAGAGUUUUGGUGGAAAACAACCACUUGAGGACACGCCACCACCCGAGAGCGUUGGAGGAAUGUCACUAUUGGAGGACACGCCUCCACCUCAGAGCUUCGGGGGAAAACAACCACUAGAGGAUACUCCACCACCUCAAAGCUUUGGUGGAAAACAACCACUCGAGGACACGCCACCACCCGAGAGCGUUGGAGGAAAGUCGGCAAAGAAGCGAAAGCUUUCAGAAAGUUCCCAAGAAGAUGGAGAAUCUCAUGCCUCGGAAGAAAAGUCAUCCAAAUCAACCAAGAGACGGAUGACUGAUAGUAAGAGACGUAAUGUCGACCAGGAGUCCAAGCCCGAGUUCGAGGCAUGGUGGCCUGCUAAGAGGCUCCCAGAGCAAGCCGAGUUCUCAAUGACUGCUAAGAUAUUUCAAGGGCAAAUGAAGGCCUCAAGAAAGACUCCUAAGACGGGCAAAAAGAACAAGGAGCCCGAGGAGCUUGGCUAUGUGCUCGAAGACUAUGUGGUCGAAGAGGGCAUACUCAAGCCAGAUGAUUGGCUCCCCAGAGAGGCAAUUGAUCUAUGGUUCGCCUCCUGGUAUCAUCAGGUUUCCCAGAUUUCCGAAGACCUCUACGAGCGAAACCAGAAAAACCUACCAAAAAAGAAAGUCCGAGUUCGAACCAAAGCGGAAAAAGCGUACCUCGAUAAACAAGAGAAGGACUUCGUGAAGGGUGAGAAGAAAGGCCACACCGACCAUCAUAAAAUGACCAGACACAAGAGAAAACUCGACAUGGAAGCGUGGGAGUUGGCGUAUGGUGAUGAAGCCAAACGUCGCAAGCUCUUACCUGCUCCAAAUCGGGAUCCCUCCCCUUUCCAAUGGUCUUCUGCGUCCGCGUCAUCUCCGCGAUCGGCUUCCAGCGGGGCUUCGGACCGAACCAGCCAGACUUCCAUGAACUCCGAAAAGGAUCCGGCCUCACCACCAAGCUCCGUCCUCGGACCUGACCUCGGACCUAAUUUCGACUUCCAAGCUACCUUUGGCUUGGCAUUUACCUCCAUGGCAACCCCGCGAAGCACCACGCUCACCACCAACAGUUUCGGAGACGAAUUGCUCGACACCAACGACAUGGUUCGCGAGAAGAUCGAGAAACGGAUGGUGGAUGUCGAUGAGAAUUUCAAAAAAUGUGAACAAGAUCUCCUUGAGCAACAGCGCCUGAAACGAGAGUCUCCCCGUCAGUGUAUCGACAAGGCCGAGAGGAAACAGCUGGUUCUGCAGCUGGCGCAGGGAGAAAAAGACCUCAAGAAGGAAGUCAAGAAGGCAAAAAUCACUCGAGAGCGCGCUCAUCGAAACAUCGACCACGUAGUUUUUGGUUCACUCUGCUUCCCAACGUGGUAUAGCAGCGACUACCCAAAGAGUACGCUCCACAACAACAUCGACAAGGAGCUGCCCAAAGAACCCGUCCUGGAUCGGAUGUACGUCUGCGAAAAGUGCUUCGCAUACACCUCGACGGUUGAGGAUCAUGUGAAGCAUCAUAGACUCUGCUCGGAUGAAAUUCGAGGACAAAAGAUCUAUGACCAUGCUGGUGCCGGCGUAUGGAGUAUUCACGAGGUUGACGGGGGGAGUGAUAUAGUGAGUCAAACUUCCUCUAUGUUGAUUCACCGGUAUACAUACUAACAUUGAAUAGCUCUUUUGCCAGAAUCUAUCCCUCUUUGCCAAACUCUUCCUCGGCGACAAGAGCGUGUCCUACUACACCUCGCUCUUCUAUUACUACUGCCUCGUCCAUAAAGACCCCACAACCGGACACCAACAAGUCGUCGGCUUCUUUUCCAAGGAAAAGAACUCAUACGACAAAAACAACCUUGCCUGCAUUCUUGUCUUCCCACCUUGGCAGAAUAUGAGCCUCGGAAAGAUGCUGAUUGGAGUUUCGUACGAGAUCAGCCGAAUGGAGCAGUCAAUCGGUGGCCCAGAACGCCCAUUCUCCUCAUUGGGUGAGAAAAGCUACCGACGAUAUUGGCAGGCUGAAUUGGCUCGAUGGAUCUUGGAGCAUCCCACAACUGACAAGAAGAAGGGUUGUCAUCUCGUUGACAUUCAGAGAAUCAGCCGUGAGACCUGCAUCAUGGAGAAAGAUUGCAUUGAUACCAUCAACUCAAUGAAUCUGGAUCUCUUGAUUCCGUACGGCGGUCCAGAUGCCGGACAACCCGUUAUCUUGGACCAAGAGAAAGUCCGGGAAUGGGUCAAGGAAAACCGAGUGAAUCUGGACAGAGUUGUCGACAAAGGUGGCUUUCUCGUUGACAAAGAUGUCUUCGUCCAACUCAAACGCAAGAACGCAAAGGCAGGUUCAAACAACGGCGAUUGAGCUUUUUGUAUCUCGCCGCUGCAACUUGAGGCCUUCUUACGAAGCCCUCUUGUCGCAGGCACUCAACAGAAUCUGGUUUUGUAUGAUUUGAGGGGGAGCUAGGAGAUAUGGGAUAUGGGAUGUGGGAGUGAUGAGAGCUAGCAGAUAUGGGAUAUGGAAUGUAGGAGUGAUUGGAGAGAUAGGGGUUAUGAUGGUAAUGAUUUUGAGCGAGGACUUUUUGAGUUUUUUCUGUAUAAAAAAUGGCAUGUAUGGCGUUAUGGAUGAUACCUAGACUUGGGAAUGGGAUAUGUGGAGCAGGACUGGUAGAUACCCAAUGUGACCCUCAGGGGCAAUGAAUAAUGGAAUUUCA